GGAGAGACAGACCUGGGAAACAGUGCUCCUGAGAGAAGGAUGUCACAGCUGAGCCUGUCCUGGCUGGGCCUGGGGCACACAGCAGCCUCUCCAUGGCUGUUGCUGCUGCUGACUGGGGUCUCCUGCCUCCUGGCUUACAUCCUGACCCAGGUUUACGCUGUCUUUGAGACCUCUCAUCGCCUCCGCUGUUUCUCGCAGCCCCCUAAACGAAACUGGCUCUUGGGACACCUAGGCCUGAUCCAGAGCUCAGAGGAAGGGCUCCUGUACAUCCAGAGUCUGGCGCGAACCUUCAGGGAUGUGUGCUGCUGGUGGGUGGGGCCGUGGCACCCUGUCAUCCGCAUAUUCCACCCGGCCUUCAUCAAGCCUGUGGUCUUGGCUCCAGCUUCAGUUGCCCCGAAGGACACAGUCUUCUACCGUUUCCUGAAGCCGUGGCUGGGGGAUGGCCUUUUGGUGAGUACUGGUGAGAAGUGGAGCCGCCACCGUCGCAUGCUGACACCUGCCUUCCACUUCAACAUCCUGAAGCCCUAUGUGAAGAUUUUUAAUGACAGCACCAACAUCAUGCAUGCCAAGUGGCAGCGCCUGACCUCCAAGGGCAGUGCCUGUUUGGACAUGUUUGAACACAUCAGCCUGAUGACCCUGGACAGUCUGCAGAAGUGUGUUUUCAGCUUUGACAGCAAUUGCCAGGAGAAACCUAGUGAAUACAUCGCUGCCAUCUUAGAACUUAGUGCCUUAGUGGCCAGAAGGCACCAGAAUCUGCUUCUGCAUGUGGACCUGUUUUAUCACCUCACCUGUGAUGGGAGGCGCUUCCGGAAGGCCUGCCGCCUAGUACAUGACUUCACUGAUGCUGUCAUCCGGGAGCGGCGCAGCACCCUCCCCGAUGAGGGUGGUGAUGAUGUCCUCAAGGCCAAGGCCAGGGCCAAGACUUUGGACUUCAUUGAUGUGCUCCUGCUGAGCAAGGAUGAAGAUGGAAAGGCUCUGUCUGAUGAGGACAUCCGAGCAGAGGCUAACACCUUCAUGUUUGGAGGCCAUGACACCACAGCCAGUGGGCUCUCCUGGAUCCUGUAUAACCUGGCAAGGCACCCGGAAUACCAGGAGCACUGCCGGCAGGAGGUUCGGGAGCUCCUGAGGGACCGUGAGCCUGAGGAGAUUGAGUGGGACGACCUGGCCCAGCUGCCAUUUCUCACCAAGUGCAUUAAGGAGAGCCUCCGGCUGCAUCCUCCUGUCACUGCAGUCUCCCGCUGCUGCACUCAGGACAUUAUGCUCCCAGAUGGCCGGAUCAUCCCUAAAGGUGUCAUCUGCCGAAUAAGUAUUUUUGGGACACAUCACAAUCCAGCUGUGUGGCCAGACCCAGAGGUCUACGACCCCUUCCGCUUUGAUGCAGACAAAGUCAAGGGCAGGUCAUCCCUGGCUUUUAUUCCCUUCUCGGCUGGGCCCAGGAACUGCAUAGGACAGGCUUUCGCCAUGAGCGAGAUUAAAGUGGCCUUGGCGCUGACUCUGCUGCGCUUCCGCGUUCUGCCGGAUGACAAGGAGCCCCGCAGGAAGCCAGAGCUGAUCCUGCGCGCAGAGGGCGGGCUGUGGCUGCAGGUGGAGCCGCUCAGCGCAGGCGCGCAGUGACCCUACAGCUGGCCUGGGACCACCCCAUCCACCCACCCGCCUGCGCAUUUCCAGGAAUAAAAAUCUCUUGUCACCUUG